AUGGAUAAUAAGGAGAUGGAAUUUUGUGAAGGAAUUCAGAAGGAGAGUCAUGUAUGUACGUCAGAGUUGGCAUUGGGAGUUCCAAAGGCUAACCAUCCUGUGGUCAUCAUCUCACGACCUAAGAAUAGUGAGGUUGGAGCGCGAGUAGCACCAAAGGUUAUCAUUCAAAAACCGACCGUGUUUACUUACAAGGAUAACAGGAGGGUUCCGUGGAAUUACAAUUGUAAUGUGACAAUCCCAGGGAAGGAGGACCAUGAUGAAGGAGGGCAUGACGAACAGGUGAAGGCUCGAGUAGAGCCAGUAAGAGAAGAAACUCCGAUUGGAAAGAAGAAGAGGGCGGUCGAACCUGAAGUGGUGGUCAAUGAACCAAUCAAGGAGGAGGAAGCUAGAGAGUUCUUGAAGUUCAUAAAACAUAGCGAGUAUAGCGUUGUGGAACAGCUGCACAAACAACCAGCUCGCAUAUCUGUGCUAGCUUUACUCCUGAACUCGGAGGGACAUCGGAAUGCACUACUGAAGGUGCUAAAUGAAACUUAUGUGGCCGAUGAUAUCUCUAUUAACAAGUUGGAUCGACUGGUCGGUAAUAUAAGCGCUGAUAACUUCAUCUCUUUCAGCGAUGACGAAAUACCAUCCGAGGGUAUGGGAUCUACUAGAGCUUUACACAUCACUGCAAGGUGUAAAGGGUGCAUAUUGCCGGGGGUUCUGGUAGACAAUGGAUCGGCAUUCAAUGUAUUGCCCCUAUCCACGCUCAACAGGCUACCUGUGGAUAGUUCGCAUAUGAAGUCGUGUCAGAACGUGGUUCAAGCAUUCGAUGGUACUGAGAGGGGGGUCAUGGGAAGAAUUGACAUUCCCUUGUUAAUUGGCCCAACUGUUUAUGAGGAAGGCCAUGGAUUCAUUCAAGGUCUUGAUACCGUCAUCGUUACAUCAAAAAGCAAGCCGGUGUCAGAAGGCAGGGUUGUGACGAUAGACGCUGAAGAGGAUAUCAUUGCAUCUGCGACCAACGAUGCGCCUUAUCUAGAAACAAGCGAUGAUGCAAUCGAAUGCUCUUUCUGUUCCUUGGAGUUUGUAAAUGCAACAUUCAUCCUUGAGGGAAGCAAGAUCCCGAUGCCGAGAAUAUCAAAGACCACAAGGAUGGGUCUGCAACUGACAGUAGGAAAGAGAGCUUUGCCGAGAAAAAGAUUGGGGAAGUAUCUUCAGGGCCGAGUUGAGGCUCCGGUAUUGAAGGACAAGCAGGACCGUUUUGGCUUAGGAUACAAGCCAGAUGCUAGGCAGAGAAAGAUGGAGCAAGAAAAGAAGCGUGAGAGAAGAAGGGCUCGUUUGACAGGGGAUGAAGUCGAAUUGGAACCCAUGACCUUUCCUCACCUAUCCAAGACUUUUGUAUCGGGAGGAUUCCUCUAUCAAGGGGUCAGAGGUAUUAACACGGAGUUGGAGAGUAUUCAUGCCGUGUAUGAAGAAGCGACGGGAGGAAGAACCUUGCGGGAUAUUCGUCCUUACGAGUCGGGAAGGGCACUAAACAACUGGACUGCAGAAGAAAUACCUGUAGCUUUUAGGAUUUCCUCAGAGUCCUACGAUAUCAAUGAUACGAAUGUCACUCUUGCAAAUUCAGAGUCUCUUUUUGAACGAAAUAUGUGUUUAGAGGGAUCGCAUGAUUUUGAGGAUGACGAAGACUGUGAUUUGUUUCCUGACCUGUUGAAGAUGGUAGAAAGGGCCGAGAAGUAA